GCUUCUGAUCAUUCACGUUUUGAAAUCGGAAACAGAGCGAAAGCCGUAAUAAAUAUAGACUUCUACCGCCUCUAUUAACGGAAAUAACUGUCAUUUCCCUCUCCACGGCUAACAAACAUCCACGUUCCAAACUCUCCACUCUGCCACGUGUCAGCUUCCCAACUGCUCAAAACUCUCUGCAACCAACUCCAUGCCAUGGCUGUUCUUCACUCCUCGCUCGCUCCAUACUCUCUCAAAAAGCUCAUUCUUAUCCCACAUCUGAAACCCAGAAAAAUCUGUCAUUUCCAAGCCAUGAGCUCCAGCUCCAGACCGGAACCCGCUGUCUUAGUCCACAAGGUUCCGGGUCUGAACCCGGACGAAAUGGACCGUGUCUCGGACCAAACCUUUCAGAGGUACACCUCCUCUUCCGUUAAGAGAAACGGCAAUGGGGUCGCCAUUGUUUGGUUUCGAAACGAUCUGAGGGUUCUGGACAAUGAGGCUCUCUAUAAGGCUUGGCUUUCGUCCCGGGAGGUUUUGCCUGUCUAUUGCAUCGAUCCCAGGCUUUUUGGCUCUACCUAUUACUUUGGUUUUCCUAAAACUGGAGCGUUGAGAGCCCAAUUUCUUGUUGAAUCCUUGUUUGACUUGAAGAAGAAUCUAACGAAGCGGGGUCUUAACUUGCUAAUUCAAUAUGGGAAGCCUGAGGAGGUUCUGCCUUCUCUUGCAAAAACUUACGGAGCUCACACAGUAUAUGCCCAAAAAGAAACUUGCAGUGAGGAGCUGAGUGUGGAAAAAUUGGUCAGCAAAGGUCUGCGGCGAGUGGUGUUACAGAGUCCUGCGAAUAAUCCCAAUUUACAACUUAUAUGGGGCACCACUAUGUACCACAUAGAGGACCUCCCGUUUGAUAUCAGUUGUUUACCGGAUGUCUAUACUCAGUUUCGCAAGUCUGUUGAAGCGAAAUGCACAGUUCGUGGCUGCAUAAAAAUGCCAGCAUCUCUGGGGCCAGCACCCAGCAUUGAGGACUGGGGAUGUGUUCCUUCAUUAGAUCAGUUUGGACUUCAACAUCAAAAUGUAAGUUUAGGAAUGAAGUUUGUUGGGGGUGAAAGUGCAGCAUUGGGCAGAAUAAAUGAGUAUUUCUGGAAGAAGGAUCUGCUAAGUAUAUAUAAAAAGACCAGAAAUGGGAUGUUAGGACCUGAUUAUUCAACAAAGUUUUCUCCUUGGCUUGCUUCAGGAAGCCUUUCUCCUCGUCUCGUACAUGAAGAGGUAAAGAGGUAUGAAAAAGAAAGGCAAGCAAAUGAUUCCACUUACUGGGUAUUGUUUGAACUGAUAUGGAGGGAUUACUUCAGGUUUCUAUCAGUAAAAUAUGGGAAUUCUCUUUUCCAUCCAGGUGGCCCAAGAAAAUUGGAGCAUAGAUGGAGCCAAGAAAAGACUUUAUUUGAGACCUGGAGAGAUGGACAUACAGGGUACCCACUCAUAGAUGCGAACAUGAAAGAGCUGUCAACCACUGGAUUCAUGUCAAAUAGGGGAAGACAGAUUGUAUGUUCCUUUUUGGUUCGAGAUAUGGGUAUUGACUGGCGCAUGGGAGCUGAAUGGUUUGAGACAUGCCUUUUGGAUUAUGAGCCCUGUUCCAAUUAUGGUAAUUGGACCUAUGGAGCAGGAGUUGGAAAUGACCCCAGGGAAGAUCGUUACUUCAGCAUUCCGAAACAAGCCCAGAAUUAUGAUCCUGAAGGUGAGUAUGUAGCUUACUGGCUUCCACAGCUACAAUCACUUCCAAAAGAUAAAAGGCACUUCCCUGGAAUGGCAUAUAUCAAGCAGGUUGUCCCUCUCAAGUUUGGUAAUGCCGGUAAGUAUCAAAACCACGACAAGACCUCGACUGCCAGAGGCACAAACUUUGGAGGAAGACAAGCAAAAGGGUCCAGGAGAUGAAUCUGUGAAGAAGGAAAAAUAUUGCACUUACCUUAUCCUUGAGAGUAAUGAGGUUUAGAGUAGGGUAAUAGGGAUUCUUUGUAUUUCUGAAUUUGGAGUAGGUUCACAUAUGGACGCAUGCAACAUUGCUACAAAGUUUCAAGAUUUGUAUGGCAUUAUACUUAUUUUUCAUAGGAGAGUGAUUUUGACCUUCACUUCACACUUGCUCUCUACUUUUUAAGUAGGUAAAAGUAGAACGCAAGUGGUAAGAUAUGUCGCUCGCCUAAUAUAUUUGUUAAUUUUUAUUCUGUGAAG